CGAGCUAGCUCACCCCGCCUGUGGGCGGAGACACUUUUGGUGAAGACUUCCUCCUUGCUACGUGAAGUCGUUCAGGCUGUCUGCGCAGUCGCACAACACUUCACUUUAGUGGCUUUAGACUUGCCACUACAGUUAGUCCCGCCCCUUGGCGGCUGCUUAGUUGCUCCGGCUUUGGGAGCCCGCCCCUUCGGCCUUCCCUUAGCACGUGACUGAAAACGUCAGCGGGGCAGCGGCUCUCCUAUCUCCGUGGUGCUCUGGGCCGGCUCCGGGCUCCUCUGGAACGGGGCAGGCUUAGGUCGUAGUGGGAGGGAGGGUGGGUAAGGGUGUAAACUAGGCCGGGUUCGGAUUAGAGGCUACCGAGUGGACAGGGACCAGGGGUCCCUGUCAACAGAAGAAGGAGGAGCUAGGGGCGGGAGGGUGGCUGCUACCGGGCUGGGACUCCCCCAUGGAGCCCCCGCUCCCCGGAGCUGCCAUCGGGUUGCUCACAGUGAUGGAUCCCUCUGUGACCCUGUGGCAGUUCCUGCUCCAGCUGUUGAAGGAGCAGAGUAAUGGGCACCUCAUAGCCUGGACAUCCAGUGACGGGGAAUUCAAGCUGGUGGACGCUGAAGAGGUGGCCCGGCUCUGGGGGCUUCGAAAGAACAAGACCAACAUGAACUACGACAAGCUGAGCAGGGCCCUUCGUUACUACUAUGACAAGAAUAUCAUCCGUAAGGUGAGUGGGCAGAAGUUCGUCUACAAAUUCGUGUCCUUCCCGGAGGGGCCAGGCCACGAUGGGGAGGAGGGCCAGGUCCGGGCAGAGGUGCCUCCAGAGCCCCUCCGGCCGAUGAAGGCCUCUCUAGGGGGCAUUGGGUCUUCUGCCCCAACCCCUGUGCGCAGCAGCCGGAAUGAGUAUAUGCGUUCUGGGCUCUACUCCACCUUCACCAUCCAGUCCCUGCAGCAGCUAACCCCGGUACGCCCUGCCCGGCCUAUCCCCGAGACCCUUAGCCCAGCCAGCCUCGAGGCCCCAGAGGCCCGACUUCCGCUGCAGGUCAUCUUGAUGGCCCCAGCCGAAGGCCUGGCGGAGGCCGGGGAGGCCGAGGCUUCGGCCGCAACCACAUCCCGACUGCUUUCCACUGAGCUUUCCAAGGAAGAGCAGCCUCCAGAAGAGGGGGCUGCUGUUGCCCUGGAGACCAGCGCGGGGAGCGCCGAGGCGUCGGCCCCCGCCCCACCCCCUGCCUCCGACGCCCGCCCCGCCCUCAACUCCAGGGCCCGCAAACCCAGAGAUCUGGAGCUCCCGCUAGGGCCGAACCCCGAGGUGGCGUCGGCUUCGGGCCUGGGCCCCGCCCUCACGCCCUCCUUUCUCACCUCCCACACGCUGACCCCGGUGCUUCUGACGCCCAGUGCGCUGCCCCCCAGUAUCCACUUCUGGAGCACUCUGAGCCCCAUCGCGCCCCGCAGCCCUGCCCGCCUCUCCUUCCAGGUGCGGCCCCUGGAGGGGCGUGUCAAGCCUUGUAUCUUCACUUCUCCUUGCCCAGUUCCCGACCAGCGGCGGCGGCGGCGGCAGCUCCUCCCAGGCUCCCGUCUCUCUCCCCUCACUCAGCAUGGACGGCCUCUCCACCCCCGUGGUCCUCUCCCCAGGUCCCCAGAAGCCAUGACUCUCUUUCCCAGGAGGAUUGCUGGUUCCUGGAGGGGUCCGGGUGGGGGCUGGGAGGGCGAGACCUGGAUUAAGCACCUACUAUGCCCCAGGCACUGUGCUAAGCCCUUUUACCAAUAUGAUCCUCCCAACAACCUGAGAGGAGGCGUUGUUCUUGUCCCCAUUUUACAGUUGAGGAAACGUCAGGCCGGCCGAGAUGAAGUGACAGGUCUUGGGUCCAUUUGA